AUACUCAUUUACAAGAGUAUAUUAAUAAUGAACUUGGGCAUUGGAGUUGUAGCCAAGAAUACCCGCCUAUAAGGAAGAGAAAUGAGUCACACAAGGCUAAAAACGUGAUUAAAUCAAUCCAGAUUAUUAUUCGGUUUAUAUUCACACAACCCAAUCAAACAAAACAAGCAAACCAAAGUGGAAUACGGCAAACCAAAGUAUGUGCACCUUAGAGAAGCGCGGCAACUUGUUCUUUCUCACUCUCACCGGUGGCGACGACCACCGCCUUGGCCCCGACUGCAUCGACUCCAUCCUCUCCGCUAUCUCCCAAAUCAAAUCCCAAGCCACGCCCGGCUCCGUCCUCAUCACCACCGCCCAAGGCACCAAGUAUUUCUCAAAUGGAUUCGAUCUCGCCUGGGCCCGAUCCGCCGACUCUAAAUCCGGAGCCGUCGCUCGUCUCGGGCAGAUGGUCGCUUCCUUUAAGCCAGUCGUCGCCGAACUCAUCUCCUUGCCGAUGCCGACGAUCGCUGCCCUCCCCGGGCAUGCCGCCGCCGGAGGCUUCUUAUUCGCGCUGAGUCACGACUACAUCCUGAUGCGGAGAGAUAGAGGUGUUCUGUACAUGUCCGAGGUCGAUCUAGGGCUUCCGUUUCCAGACUACUUCGCUGCAGCGAUGAGGGCGAAGAUAGGCUCGGUUUUGGCUCGGCGGGACGUGAUGCUGAAGGGGGCGAAGAUCAAGGGCGAUGAGGCGGUUAGGAUGGGGAUCGCCGAGUCGGCGCACGAUAACGCGGAGAAUACUUUGGAGGCUGCGGUGCGUCUGGCGGAGCAAUUGGCCAAGAGGAAGUGGAAUGGCGAGGUUUACGCGGAGAUAAGGAAAAGUAUGUUCCCGGACUUGUGCAGCGUGCUUGGAAUUACCCAGAAAGUUAUUACCCCAAAGCUUUGAUGGAAAACCUUUCUGGAUUUUCGAUCAAUGAAAGUAAGUUAUGUGUUUUUACAAAUGAUAAUCUCUGUUUCAAGAAUUUCAUUAGCUGAUUAAUUAAGAUGCCAUGCCACGGUGUUGGAAUGAAAAAUUAUGAUAUUUUUCUUGAUUAUAUUCAGUUGUAAAAGAAAUGGAAAUGUCAGUGUAUAAUCAGUAAUAUAUAUCAAAUUUUAGUUGAAUGCAUAAAAUUUUGGUUGGGUUGAA